CUCUCCAAUCCGCUUCCGGUUUACGCAAGUUUGACAAAACAACAAGAAGUAGGACACCGUGAUCCUUGUUUUAUCCUGAAAUUUUAUAAGAUUUAAACAAAACCUCGUCUAUGAGCACACUUAUUUAUGUUGAAGAACAAUCAGGAUUGCGUUCAGAGCCGGUUCCAGAUCAGUCCAACCGAGUAUGCCCAUUGACCCCUCCAACAAUCUACAGGGAGCAAGGCAUAGAAUGUACAUUUGUUGAAUUUUCUUGGCUUCAACGGGAAAACUGCACUGAGUUAACAUGGAAGAAGAGAAGACAAAGAAAAAGAAAUCAAGUAAAAGUCAUAAAAAGAAAAACAGUGAAAAGACAAAAAGUUGCAAGGACCUUGAGAAUACUAGUGAUAAGUCAAUAGAAAAAGUAGAACCACUGAAGGAUGUAGCAGAAAAUGACGGGAGCAGCAGUCGUAAUUCUAAUGCAGGCUCACCAGAGGGAGGCUGUCCAAUUUGUUUAGGCAAGCUAGACAAUACAUCAUUCACAGACAGCUGUUUCCAUCAAUUUUGUUUUACAUGUCUAAAAGAAUGGACAAAAGUGAAACCAGAAUGUCCUCUCUGCAAACAAAAAUACACUAAUAUCUUGUUUAAUGUUUUGUCAUAUGAAAAUUAUGAGCAGAUAAGUGUUGCAGAUAUUCAAAGUUCUGUUCAAGCUGAAAACCCACAUCACAGAUUCAGAUAUCGAACAACAUUAACUGUGGAAAGAAGACUGAUGCUGGACUUCCCAGGGGCAAAUAGACCUCAUAUUGAACAUGACUACACUUUAAUGAGGCCUUCUCGAACAAGAACAACCACAAGGACGCACUGGAGAAGACAGAGAGAGAGUGCAACCUCCGACUUCAGAAGAAAUGUAUAUAUGAGUGGAUUAAGAGCUCUUGAAUUUCGUGAUCAGCGAAUGCGAGAAAGAGAAAUCACUCCAGAGUUCUUCACCAGGAAUCCAGCCACCCUUCACAGACUGGUUCCUUGGCUCAACAGAGAACUUAAUUCUCUAUUAGGAAAUGACAGUAGACAUGAUCAGUUUCUACUGGACCUCAUUCUUGGGCUCAUCAAAAGUUGUUCAAUCAACAGCGAAGAAUUUUACAAUCACAUUUACCCAUAUCUUGGUCGCCACACCCGACAAUUUAUGCAUGAGUUUGAAUUUUUUGCCAAAAGUCCAUACAAUAUUACUGCUUAUGACCAGAAUAUUGUGUAUGAGCCUCAGCCCAUUGAAGUGAUAUCAGCAGGAGACACCACAGAAGAGGAUGAGGAUAAUGAUGAUGUAAUUAUCAUUGGUCAAGUUGGAUCAAGUUCUGAUCCAAUUGACCUUUCUAUUGGAGAUUCACCACCUCAGUCAUCUUCUCAAGCACCACCCCUGCCAACAGAACCAUUUCCUGAGGAACCCCGCUUACCCCCCAGGGAACCUCCUGCUGAACAUAGAUUAAAUAAUAACCAUGACUAUACACCUAUUCUGAACAGAGUACGUCAAUUUCUGGAGGAACCACCUCCUCAUCCUUCAAGUCUACCAUCUUCUGGCUGGGACUCACCAAUACCUGGACCAUCUUGGAUGGACACCAAUAGUGAUUCAGGUGGCGUGCAAGAGAUACCACUACCACCCACACCACCCGUUAUUUCAACCACUUUGUCCACUGUAACCUUGUCUACUGAAAAGGACCCACUGCCACCACCAAAGAAGAAAGGUGGCAUCCCAGUGUUCCCGCCCAUGCUUACUGAGUUGUUUAGUGGUGCAGGGCAGACUUCUAUCAAAAUAGAAAACAGCGAUUCAGAAUCCUCAAUCGGGAGUGAUGUUAUAUUUGUGUCCAUUGAAAACCCAUGGGAAGCACGACCUGCAGUUGAACUCUCUUCAGAUUCUGGCAAGGAAGAAGCGGUUCAACAGACAUCUAGAGCAGAAAAGAAAAGGGAGAAAUCAAAACAUUAUGACAAAAAUUCUACUUCGUUAAAGAGAUCCCAAGAGAAAUUAAGGUCCAGACAUGAGCGCCACCAUAGAAGAUACGAAUUGUCUAGCAGUCGUUCAAGGUCGAGAGAGAGAGGUUACACCCAUCACUCAAGGAAACACCACAAGAAACACAAAUUUAAAGAAUAUGAACGAUACAGAUCUAGAUCCAGGUCACGAGAGAGAUAUGAAGGGGCAUAUUAUUAUGACAACAGGUACUACCAGAGUAGCAGACCAACUUAUGAGGAUGAAUAUUACUCACGAAUGUCCAGACCAAGACUUGCAGAGGACCGUAGAGACUGGGAUUAUGGCAGGUCAUACAGCAGAGUGAUUGAAGCAGAAUAUGAUCGUCCUAAGAGACAUGCAUACAGAUCUAGUAGUGAAGAGUCAUACAUGCACAAAAACAAGAAGUCCAAGAAGUCAAAGAAGCACAAAAAGCACAAGAAGCAUAAAAAACAUAAAACAACCUAUGAAUCCUCCGAUUCUGAUUUUGAAAUCAUUGCAGUUGGUAAACCAAAGACUGCACCUGCUGAAGUCCAAUCACAAUUACAGUCUGCUAAAAGUACUUCCAGUGCUGUAGGAGAACCAAUGAAGUACAAGAAACACCCUACUGGACACAAAAAGAAAUCCUCCACAAUCACGUGUAGUGCAGAGACCGGUAGAGACGCUCCUGCCAGCCCUCCAGAUGUAGGGGGUAGCCUUAUUCAGGAAAUAUCACAAGGUAACCUUUGUCUAAGUCCAAUCUCGGACAGCUCAACAGACUCCCAGAUCAACCUACUACAGUCAACUUCCUCAGCGAAGUCCGCUACUAAACCAUCUACCUCCACCCAUCUCAACAAGAGGGAGCACUCACCUGUUCACGCUUCUCUGAACAAUUUCCUGUCUGAUAUAUCAGAUGGGGGUUCUGAGGAAGGAACUGAUCCAUGCACAGAUAAUGAGGUACUGAGAUUCCAGGACAGUCGAUGUCCAUCUAAUCUGCUGGCCUCCAACUCACCUGGUCUGUGCGACAAUUUUAUCACAGAGAGAUGGUACAGAGUGGACGAGGGUUCCGAUAUCCCGACAUCAUGUCAAAACCUGCUGCAGUGCGGAACCAUCUACCCUGUGUGGAUGUUUGGUAGCGUUCCAAACGUUUCUGAUGGGGAGGUUUACCGAACAGCCUGCUUUUCUGACCAGAAUGGCUGCUGUUCUAGACAGUGGCUAAUACGUGUGAAGAAUUGUGGGAGUUACCGGGUUUAUUAUCUUAAGAAGACCGACGCUUGUUCCAGCGCCUACUGUAUUGAGAAGAGACUCUACACCACUACACCAGAAGAGACAAGUUCGUCCUCAUCUUCUUCACAGGAUGUGACGUCGACCAGCAUGGAAAGUAUCGAGAGUGGGAACAUUGACACCACAACUACGUCAGAGACAACCACAGACAUUCCAACAACAACCACUUCUGUAUCAACAAUAUCUAGCCCAACAACCUCUAGAAGUACGGCUACAACUCCACGAAGUAUUGUCCACUCUAGUGCACCCAAAAGUAUCGUCACAGAUCCACAGAUUGUGAAUAAUGAGGAUCUGAAGACAUCGCCACCGAUUUCUCCCGAAUCAACACAAUCUCAAGUCGUCCAGGCGGGUCCUACAAAUAUCCUGGUGUACAUUCUAGCGGUUGCGGUCGGAGUUCUUCUCCUAACAACACUAGUUAUUGCUGUAGUGCUUCAUAGAUUUAGAAGAAAAAGAAAAAAAGAAAAGCAAAAUGUUGGCGAAACUUCCGAGGCAUCGAAACAACCCCAAAAUGGAUAUAGCGAGCUUCCAAACUCGGAGACCAUUUACUAUUCUAUUGAAUAUGACAAAGAAGCUGAAAACAACAAAGAAAACGAGAGAAUUGCCUCCGCACAGGAGCGGGAUAUGUAUUUGGAUGCGUGUCAUCAACUCGCAGUGUCGGAUGUUGACGUCAAAUAUGACGUAGCAUCAGAAAUUGAGGAAGUAAGUGCUCUAGGAAACAGAGAGAUGUACCUGGAUGCUAUUCGUGGAUCAGUGAUAAAUCACGUCACAGGGAGACCAGACAAUACAUACCACGACCCCUAUGAGUGUUCCAUUAGAGACACCGAGAGCCAUAGUUACGCGAAACUACCAAACACAAUGCUUAAAACACAACUUGAAUACAGUAACGGAGGUUACGAACCGGAACUACAAGACAAAAAGCGGAAGUCUGCAGUGGAAUGUGCAAACCGAGGCUCCAUCGUAUCUUAUGAUGAUGUCACUUUUGACCUAAAAUAACUGUAAGCCAAAUAACACGAAAUUAAAUCAAACAAUUUUAGCUUUUUUAACGGGGAUAUACUGAGUUUGUAUUGAAAUGUUUAUGCAUAUGCCUAUAUCACACGAUAUUUUAAAUUGCCCAGUCACUGCACUCCGAAUUCCAUUGAUAAAUGAAAAUGAGCUCUUACCAAUGCUCAGAAAAUACACUUCCGUAUGCAAAGCAACACUGCAACUUAUACAUAGGUGCUUUGUGAUUCUAACAUAUGUUUGAGAUGUAUACGUAAUGAAGGGUUCUGUUGAUGUAUUGUAUACGUUUAAAAUGAUUUCAUUUAUCAUUUCAAUCGUUUAUUACUAGAAAUGAGCUGAACGCCAUCCAAUGAACAUACAAAAUGAAUUUGAAUUUUAAAAAACGAUACAUGUACAUGCAUCUAUUUUCGAAGGCUAUCCACAUGAACUAAUUUUCCACGUUAAAGUUUUAUUUUUUUUUUUUUUAUAUCUUAUUAACCCAUACUAAUAUGGAAAGAAAAACGGGCAUCCCUUCAUAUUCUUUUGAUGUAUCUUAAGUGAUUAACUCUCGUUUAUUUACAAACUUGCGAAACAAAGUGUAUCAUCUUUUGUACAGAAACCGCAAAUUUUCAUCGCAUUAAAUUACCAUUAAAAAUUGUAUUAGGGAUUUUUCAUGCAUUUUCCAAAUAAACAUCCCAUUCUGGUGUA